AUGUCUUCUAACUCUAACAACACCCCACUCACCGCUCUCGAAGCGAGAGUCUUAGACCUAAUUGACGUUCACCUUCGUUUCCUCGCCCUUGCACCCCCUCCACCAUCACCAAGGGCACCUAGACAACAACCCACAGCUCCGCGACCAACCGACGAGUAUUACUAUCAAACUUCCCAUCAACAGCAACAUCGUCGACAGAGAAGGAACCCGGCCGCCCAACGACCCAGAGUUACUCAACAACCCAGAGUUGCUCAACAACCCAUAGUUACUCAACAAUCUAGAGUUGCUCAACAACCCAGAGUAACUCGACAACUCACAGCUCGCGAACUAGCCGACGAGCGAUGGUAUAGAGAAGCUCUCCGUCAACAUAACGAAGAAUUAGAGAAUGAAGCUGCGCGACAACCAACCCACGACCACCCCCAUGACGAAGCUGACCAUCAUUAUCUUCAACAAGAAUGGUAUAUGCUCUUGUCGCCCGAAGAAGAAGCUCUCUAUCAACAAUUUCAACAACAUUUGAGGAUUCUCGGUUUACCAAACAUCGACGAAGAAGCUGAAUAUGAACAAUUUGAAUAA